AUGUACCAACCUCCAUGUAGGAACACUGUCAAAGCAAAGAUAAAGGAAAAUGUGAAGAUUAUGCAAGAAAAGAUAACAUCUCGUCUUAAAGAAUGCGACAGUGUCAAUGUCACGGUUGACAUUUGGUCUGACAGAGUUAUGAGAUCCUUCAUGGGGAUUACAGCUCAUGUUAUGGAGGAAACACCUCUCCACCUUUCUACGUAUACCUUGGCAUGUUCCCGCUUUGUAGGCAGCCACACAGGAGAAAGAAUUAGUCAGCAGUUUAACAAAGUCAUAGAAGAUUACAAGAUACAGCAAAAACUGGACUUUGUGAUAACGGACAAUGCAGCAAACAUGAAAAAAGCAUUUACAGUUAGUUUCCCUUCAUCAGCAACUGAUAACUCUGACUUAACAAAUGAUCAUGACAGUAAUGAUGAGACUGAGACACAGCUUGAGACAGAGUCAUCUCUGGAUACCUCUAUAGAUCUUGAUGAUGACACAGUUUGGUUCUCGUUAGACGACUUGGAACAAGAAGAAGUGGACAGCAACCUUUCGAACUCUGCCAAAAGAGGUCGGUUGUCGUGCUUUGCACAUACGUUGCAGCUUUGCAUUGGUGAUGGAUUAAAUGAGACAAAAGGUAUCAUACCCAAAAGUUACAACAAUUCUAAUUCAGUGUUAAUAUAAUAAUGAAAUUCUGAUUGAAUUAUAGACUAUUCACUAAUGAAUCAUGGAAUUUUAGGGGACAUUUGUUUUUUAUCUUCCCAGACAGACCAGUAGUGGGAUUUUAUCUCCAUUGUUGCAAGCAGUGAAUUAUUGAAAAUGGUUUACUUUUCUCAGAGAAGUUUUGUGUUACUCGGUUGAUGAGCAGUGUAUUUACUGCAGUAGCUGCUUAUUUUGCAUCUGUCUUACUUUUACAGGCAGUUGCUCCUCGUAUGUUUAGUACUGUAGUUCACUAGUUUGCCUUCCUGUCAAUUAUGACAUUUGUAUAUAUUGAUCUGAUCAUAAAGUAUUUUUAAUUUUCUCUUUUCCUCUGCAUAAAGGUAUUCGUAAAGCCAUGAGCAAAGCAUCAAAACUGACAUCCAUGGUGCACACCAGUUGCGUAUUUAAAGAAGCAUUUUCUGCAACAUUUGGAGACGAGAAAGGAAUCCCUAAGGCUAAUUCUACUCGAUGGAAUUCCAUUUUAAAGCAACUUCAGGGAGUUGUGAUGCUUGAUCACCAGAAGCUUAGUGACAUGUGCAAACAAACAGGUAGGUCCUCUAAAGAGUAAAUACUAUUUUAUUAAUUAAUUUAAAUUAUUCCCAUUUACAGUUAACUCAUUCAGCGCCAGCGCUCUCCCCUUGACGAGUAAAAUCGUCUGGCGUUAGACUGCUAAAAUAAUAAAGUAUAUUAGGGCAUAAUGGAAUUUAGUGGGUUAAUCUACACUCAAUAAGUACUGCAAAAUAUUCUUUUCCUUGGCCAAUUCUUUUGCUCCAAUUUAUAGGCCAUGGAGAGCUUAUUUUAAGUGUUAGAGAGUGGGCUCAGCUGAAGGAGUUGGUGGAUAUCCUGCUUCCAUUUUAUGAAGCCACUCAAUUGACACAAGGAGAAUGCAAGCCAACGAUCAGUUUGGUUGUUCCCACUGUAUUAGCCCUUGCUCGGCACUUAACUAACUUCGCUAAGAAGGCACGGUACCUUAAGCCCCUUGCAACAGCUCUUAACCAUUCUAUACGUAAGCGGUACAAAGGUAUUUUCGCCAAUGUUGGUAUGGAAGGAGAGCUACAAGACCUGGGAAAUGCUCAUAACUUUGGUGAAACUGUGUACCUGACAGCUGUGUUGUUGGAUCCGACAUUUGCACUCCACUGGUUGGUGGAUGUCUCUAUCUCCACUGAAGAAAAAGAGGUUCUUCGCAACAAAAAAAAAGGUUUGUACCUUAGUAUAGUAACUGCAUUUGGAUAAUUGGAUUCUCUUUUGUGUCAGCACAGAGCCACAGACUUUAACUUCAGCAUUUUAAUAAGUGAAGAGUCACGACAUUUGACUCCACCUUACAAACUGUAGGAGUACAGUGUUUAAUGAAUGACAUUUUAGCAAUUCAGAGUUAUACUAUGAAACGUUUUCACUUAUUUAAUGCAACAUUUUAACCCUGUAUUAUGAUUGACUUACUGGAUUACGUGUAUGUCCUUAUUUCGCAUAAUUGUAUUACGUAUUAAGUUAAUUAAGAUACAUAUAGCUUGCCUGGCAUACUGUAAGAAUUCUUGAUUAUUAAAACGAAUCGAACACUAUUAAUCUCAAAUACUGUUUACAUUCUAAUGCCUUAUUAAUCAUGCCAGAAGAUUAUUAAUUAUUAGUAAUUUGUUUGUCUUCGCCCUCUGGAAGUCAAGUUUCUAGCUUUCUUAUCAAUUGUUACUCAAGGUUUAUAAAAUACUUUCUUAUUUUGUAUGUUUCAUAUAGAACUAGUGGUAAAUGAAGCAGAAGAACUGAUGGGGGAUAAUGAAACCCAAAAUACUACAAGCGAAGAAGAGGAUGAGCCCCCUGCAAAGCAUACUAAGCUUUUUAGCUCAUACAAAAGAAGGCGAACUAGUAGCAGCGGUAAACCACCUGCAGCACAGUACAUGAAGUAUUUGGAGACUACCGAAGAAGAGGUGGAAUCCUGUAUUGAGUUCUGGGUUGUACAUAAGGUGAAGUUUCCAGCCCUGGCAUUGUUAGUCAAGAAAGUGUUGGCAAUCCCAGCUUCAAGUGCUCCAGUGGAACGCGUUUUCAGUCGUGGUGGUAUCAUCAUGCGACCACAUCGUUCACGCUUGGGAGAUGAGAUUUUAUCAAAUUUGGUUUUUCUUAAAUGUAACAAGGACUGUCAGUAA